AUGCAGACAUCGAAAGAUAAAAUGCGACGACAUGUGGAAAAGCUAUCCACCACUCUGGAUGAAUAUCGAAAUGUCCUUGAGAAACUCUUUCCUACUGUAGCACCGGAGACCCUGGUCAAUUUGCCACGCGAAAGGCUCAUGGAGCUAUUAGGCAAGGGUCCGGCACUGGUGCAUACGCAAGGACCACGUCCGGAAUCUCCUGCUACUUCUGCCUCCGUGGAUAUUCACGUAUCGCCGAUAUCCAACGAAGAUGGCAAUCUUGAGUCACUACAGACCAUGCCUGAGGAGUCCAGUGACGUUCAGAACCUGAGCAGCACAGAACUGACCAAUGGAAUCUCCGACGAUGUAAACGCCCUGUCACUCUCGGCCAAGCACGCUUCCUCAUAUCUUGGAGUGUCUUCCAUAAACGCAGUGCUCAAGGUGAUUGUCUGGCUCGACCCCGGAUCCUUGUCAUAUUUCUCUCGCACGCCGGCCGCGGUCCACCGUCAGGACUCCAUCAUGGAAUAUUCCCCUUCGGAUACGCAAAAUUGGGGAUCUCAGCCACAGCCUGGGACUCCACCCCAAUCCCAGCUGCAGUUGACUAACAUACAAUUGCUCGACGCCUAUUUCAUGUACUUCCAGCCUUUUGUCCCCAUGCUGGAUGAACAGUGCUUCCGCGAGACCUAUAUAUCUGGCCGAAGGAAAGAUGAUCGCUGGCUUGGGUUAGUGAAUAUUGUAUUUGCUUUAGGCAGUAUCGCAGCGGGCACGUCCGACGAUACGUCUCACAAGACAUACUAUGUACGCUGCAUGAAAUAUCUUAGCCUAGAUUCGCUAGGUUCCUCGCACAUGGAGACACUCCAAACCCUGGGCCUUCUGGGUGGCUAUUAUCUCCACUACAUCAGCCAGCCGAAUCUGGCGUACUCAUUGAUGGGGGCUGCUCUACGCAUGGCAGCCGCACUAGGCUUACACAAAGAGUUCUCGGAGACACACGAUGUGACAAAGAAGCAGAGCAUAUCGUCGGCGGAUCUAAAACGGCGAGUAUGGUGGUCGCUAUUCUGCCUAGACACAUGGGGUGGCAUGACUUUAGGGCGGCCGAGUAUGGGCCGAUUCGGGCCUACAAUUACGGUCAAGCUACCAUAUUGUAGAGAAUCGGAAAACUUGCUCGACAUUCUUCCCCUCCUGGAAAAUGUUCGGUUUUGCAAGAUUGCGACCCAGAUCCAGGAAGUCCUGGCUGUGUCACCGUUGACGAGACAUCAUGAGAUGUUCCAUUUUGAUAAUCAACUGUCGGAGUGGUAUGAGAAUCUCCCGUAUAUUCUCAAGGACCACGAGCCGUGUUCCGAGUCCAUUGCGAUUUCGCGGACAGUCAUGAAAUGGCGGUACUGCAAUCAACGUAUGCUUCUUUACCGUCCCACCCUGUUGAGUUACGCCAUGCGUCGCGUUCCGUACAUUGCACUGCGGUCAGAAGAGCGGACCUCUAUCGAGAGAUGCAGGGAAAUUGCGGAAGCAACCAUUCAAGACAUCUCUUCAACGGCCCAGUCCCAUCAAAUGUCAGGCUGGAAUGCCGUCUGGCUAAUCUUCCAGGCCACAAUGGUUCCUCUCUUGGGACUAUUCCUCAACGACCAUACGACCAGUGAUCCAAGAGCGAGUGUCGAGUCGUGUCAGGAGCAAGUGGAAAUGGCGAUGAUGCUCCUAGCACGGUUACAGUCUUGGAGCCCGACGGCCAGCCGAACACUGGAUGCUGUCUCCCGCAUUCUUGAGGCCAGUAAACGAGGACUUGGGAUCGCUGGAGAUACCAGUACCCUUUCUAGCGGCCAGUAUACGACUGCGCGUGAGAGCUCUUUGUCGGGAAUAAUCCCUGGGAUCCUUCCGUCUCAAAACGACUUGGGCCGGGGGGCAAUGGUUGUGAACAAUACUAGCUUUUCCGAUCCAUUUACUCCUCCGUUUAAUGAUUCGUCUGGUCAGCAGCUGUGGGAUUUCCUGAGUUGGAGCGAUAAUAAUCUAUGGCCGGGCAUUACAGACCUGAACUACUGGACCGAAACGACGUUAUUCGGGCAGGAUGAGAAAAAUAUGAAAUAUAGCAAUAAUGCCUCCGCAUUUUUCAGUGGAUCGAUGACAGAUUCCACAUAUUAUGCGAACACACCUCUCACAUUCCUCUAA